AUGAAUGCACCUAGAAAUAAUCAAAUGAUUGCCCCAAAAAUUCAAAAGCAAUUGGUGAAUGCUUGUGCAGUUGAGACUACAAAUGCUAUUCUAGCUGAUCUUGGAGAUAGGUGGUUCACUUUACUACUUGAUGAGGCUCGUGGCUAUUCAGUGAAAGAGCAGAUGACAGUUGUUAUUAGAUAUGUGAACAAACAUGGAGAGGUGAUUGAACGAUUUAUGGCUGUAGUUCAUGUUGCAACAACUACAGCUGCUUGUUUAAAGGAGGCAAUCGACUCUUUAUUUGCUAAGUAUGGUUUGUCAGUGGCAAGAUUGAGGGGUCAAGGAUAUGAUGAUGCUUCAAAUAUAUCGGGAGAAUUUAAUGGCUUAAAGUCACUGAUAAUGAAAGAAAAUCCAUAUGCAUUAUCAGAUGAACGGUUUGAAGUCAUUUCAGAUUUGGGAGCUCUUGCAAAGAAAAUGAUUGAAAUAAUGAAGAACCGUGUGUUUCUUUUGGUUUAUCGGAUGAUUGAGCUAGCCUUACUUCUUCCAGUUGCUACUGCAAUCGUUGAAAGAGUGUUUUCGGCAAUGAAUAUUGCCAAAAUAGAUUUGUGA